AUGGAUGCAUUAACUACUUGUCGGCUUUAUUUGCUGACAAGUUCUAACAUGAAAAUACUCUCAACUUUUAUUUUUAUUUUUAUUAUUCUUCCCUUAAUUUUUCUUAACUCCAGUGUUUUAUGGAUUGUUACACAGUGUUCAGCUUUAGCAGUUGGUUAUUUUAUAACAGCUUCGUUGAUAAGGCGUUCUAAUGGAGAAUUUUUAUGGAAUUUUUUCGAAAAUUGGCUUGAAGAAAAAUUAGAUACUAAUGAAACUAUUGUUAAAAAUAUGGGUGUAAAAAAUAAUUCUGAACAAAUCCAUAAUUUACCUUGGAAAGGUGUAACAAUAUCGGAAUCGGUGGAUAAACUGCUUGAAGAACUGAUUGAACAGCUGAUCGAUAAUUACAUAAAUAGAUGGUACAAAACGAAAAUAAGCGGUGAUGCUGCAUUUAUCAAUGAAAUAAGGUAUCAGAUUCGUUAUGCCGUUGCUGUCUUGUAUUUACGCUUUCAGAAAAUUGAUCUAUCUUCAACAAUUUUGUUUGAGGCUGUACCGCUGGCAGCACUACAUUGUGUAAAAGUUGAACAUUUAAGUGCAACUAUUGACAAAAGUAUGUAUUCAUCACAGCUGAUUGAAACAAAAAUCCUAGAAGCUAUGCCGGAUGUACAUUUUGCUCUCAGUUCACGACAAAAUGAAGUAGAUUAUCUACGCGAAUUAGCUGAUCACUUAAUUGGACUUAUAAUGGAUGAAAAUUGCAUUGCAGGACAUUCCAAUGAUAGCGAUUCACCUUCUCGUAACAUUCUUGCUAAUCAUUCGCGUCCAUGGGCAAGUCAUAUAUGUCGUCAUUUUUUGCGAGAACUGUUUGUUUUUUCAUUUUUCUUACCUGUUAUGGAUUUGAUAGCUGAUCCAGAUAUCAUUAAUCGAGUACUGAUAUUUCUAUUUAAUUCAGAUGUUCUCAACUUUCCUCAAAUACCUCAGGAUAGCAGACAAGUUGAAAUUUUACAUGGACUUACAGAUUACUCCUUAAACGACACUCCUGACUCAUUGCUUCAACUAAAACUUAGUGAUAUGCUUCGAGAUGCUGGACAAUUGAUGAUGUUCAGAGCAUAUUUAGAUGAUAUUCAUGCACCUCUAAAUGAGCUUGAUUUUUUAGUUUAUGCAGGUGAUGCACAUGGAAGAAUGCUUAAUGUUCAGAAUGAUCAUGCUGCAAUGAGUGAGCUGCAGUACGAUAUUUGGGAACUUUUUAUUAAAUAUAUUCACGAAGGUGCUCCAGAUAGGGUUAAUCUUCCUAUUGAGAUUAGCUGUGAAUUUAGUAAAGCAGUAGAAAAGCAUGAUUCUGAGCUGCUUGAUCAAUGUCUAGAAAAGGCUUUUCAAAUUAUAUACCAGCGAAUGCAGCAUGAAUAUGUGAUACCGUUUUGUCAGUCAGAAUGUUUUUUGGGUAAUUUAUGUGGUCCUCGUCCUGUGGGUAUAGAUGAAUUAAUUGCAUCCAGAGAACAUUCUAAAUCAACUCAUUGUCUUCUGCCAACUGUUGAACCUAACUGUUCUUUAACUCAGUUCAGAAAUCGUUUUUGGCGAAUGAUUUUACCAACAAGUGGAUCGAUAGAUUCAUCAUUUGAUCAUUUAAAUGAUAUUGCAUUAAACGAGGUAAAUGGCGGGAUUGUACCUACUGAUGAUAUCACACAAUGUUUGAGUUACGAUUCACCAAGUGAUGACACAGCUAUGCCAUCUUUUGAGUUUGUCUUGAAUAAUGGAAAGAUGAAAACUACCGAAGUGCAGGAUGAUCAGCUUAUCUCAAAUGUGUCCGACGAAGAGUUUGUUGAGCAGCAGAUGAAUUCGAAUAAUUCAUUUGAGAUACCAAUGUUUGAUCCGGAACGUGAUAUGAGCAAAUGGAAUGUAACAAUCCCAUGUGUUGAACCACGACGAGAUCCUGUUGGCGGUCAUACAAUGUACGUCUAUGUCAUUUCGGUUGAACGAUUUGAUUUAAACGAUGACAUUGAUCAGACAUCGUUAUCAGCGACUGUAGCACCACAAAAAUGGUCUCUGAUUCGCCACUACAAUGAAUUUUACAUUCUGGAAUCAAAACUGGUAGAAUUUCAUGGAAAUACGAUAAAAACGGAAUCACUACCACCACGACGAUUUUUCAAUUGUAAAAGUCGUGUUUAUGUGGAAUCACGACGUGAAAUUUUCGAACGUUUCAUUCAAUUACUCGCCAAACAGCGAGCAUUGAAACAAUCAGAUUUGCUCUUUGUUUUUCUUAGUACUGAGCAACGAUUAAAAGAUUCAACACAAAUUUCCGACCUCUAUCCAUGGAAUAUGGUGAAAAAAAUGCCAAGUAAAUUUGCUCGUGAAAGAGGUCAGAAUCUGAAACCAUUUAUUUUAUCUCUACUAGCGACAACAUUAGUUCCUCAUCCGGAUAAUCCGACCGAAUCGAGCACUAUCCCCAUUAAUUCAGCAACUGCAUGUCAAAAACGAAAAAUAUUGCAAAGUGAUAUAUAUGGUAACAAUUGUCCAAGUGCUCAGAUAGAUUUCUCUCUCACAGGAAGUACACUGUGGACAAAAAGCUUUUGCGAUGCCAUACUUUUUAUUUUGAAUCGGUUGUUUGGUGUUAUUCGAUGGCCAAUGUGGAUUAUUAUUACUAUUCGACAUUUAAUGGGUGAUACUAUUGAUGCGGUAGCAGCUGUAGUAUUUAGGCGAUUUUUAAAUCGAAUAUUUGUAGAUGUUAAUUGCAUGCGUAUGUUACGCUUCAUUCAAGAAUCAAUUUUUGGUUGUAAUAAUUCAACAAAAACUGAUCAGGAAAAAAUGCUACGUAUGGAAUUAGCGCAACGUUUGACAUUAGAAUACUUGCAAGAGCAACUUCCACUUUGUUUUAUUAAAUUAAUUGGCCAUAAGCAGUUUUGUCAAGGAAUGCAGACGAUUUUUCGCAUCUUACAAUAUCCACGUUUAAAUAAGCAACUGGCAUAUGUUUAUCUUGAUAUAAUCACGCAAAAAUUAUUUCCAGUUGAAGAUGAACAAAAUCUAGAAAUUAAAUAG